UCGUAAUAACGAGUAUUGUCGGUUUCAACAUGGAGGUGCCCAUGGAGAGACAUGUCUGAAGGAGACUUGAUACAAAGGAGAUUAACCUCACCCUUUCACGUCCCCGUGAUCCACAUGAUGCAUGUACCAUGAACUGUGCUCGCUGUCUACUACGGCUCCAGAGUGUAGGGUUCCUGGCCCCCUCUGUCAGAGCAGCUGUCCAGCAUGCUGCCCUGCUUCAGCCAGCCACAGCACUGUCCCAAAUAACAGCACACAACACAUGUGGUCAGGCACUCAGGCGUUUCCAUGGCAGCCCUGGAUGUUAUAAGAGCCAGCCUGUACCCACAGACCCUGGUGAAGAGCAUGAGGAUAGAAUAAAGAAGGACAAGUCACUGAUCACUCACGAUGACCUGUUUGAGAGGGUGGCCAGGGAGGCCAAGACUAAGGCUACCUUCAACAGAGUGGUGGAUGUAUUCAGUAAGAGGGACAUACGGCGUCGGGGUCACGUAGAGUUCAUAUACGCUGCCUUGAAGAAGAUGCCAGAGUUUGGUGUGGAACGGGACCUUACAGUCUACAACAAGCUGUUGGAUGUCUUUCCCAAGGAGGUGUUUGUCCCCAGGAAUUUUAUCCAGCGCAUGUUCAACCACUACCCCCGACAGCAGGAGUGUGGGGUGCAACUGCUGGAACAGAUGGAGAACUAUGGUAUCAUGCCAAAUGUUGAAAGUAAGGUCCUGAUCGUCCAGAUCUUCGGGGACAAGAGCCACCCGAUGAGGAAGUACCAGCGCAUCAUGUACUGGUUCCCCAAGUUCAAGCACGCCAACCCCUUCCCCGUCCCCCUGCAGCUCCCCGAGGAUCCUGUAGAUCUGGCCCGGCUCAGUCUCAACCGCAUCGCCAACGACCUGGAUGCUAAGGUCACCGUCUACCAGAUGCCCUGCACCGACAUCUCUGAGUCCGGAGAGGAGAUCACCUUCCCACACGUCGUAGGGAUCCAGAGCCCAGACCAGAUGGAGCUGCUGGCUAAACAUAACCCCAACAGGCCUGUGUUUGUGGAGGGCCCCUUCCCCCUGUGGCUGAGGAAGAUCUGUGUCUACUACUACAUACUCAGGGCUGACCCACUGCCCCCCGAGGAGAAGGUGGAGGAUUCUUAUGACCCUGAGAGGUGUUUCGACUACCCUCUCCAGCUGGACCUGGACUUGGACCGGGACAUGGGGGACGACGACAGCUUCGAUGUGGAAGACGUGGACGAAGGGCCGGUGUUCGCCAUGUGUAUGACGAGCCAGGGGGAUCAGGCCACCCUGAACCAAUGGAUCUCAGGCCUGCAGGAGACCAACCCCACCCUGGGCCGCGUCCCUACCCUGUUCCGCCUGGAGGCCGGCCCCAGGGAGCUCCAGGGAGUGGCAGACCCAGGACCCGGGUACAGGGAGGAGGGCGAAGAGGAGGCAGAGACGGAUAUUGUCGUGGAGGAGGAGCAUCAGCGUAGCCAGGGAGUGAAGCAGUGACAGGACUAUGAUACAGCUCACUUCACUACCAGAGAUUACCCGGAGAGCUAGCUUUCUGUCACAGCGCAUUUGUCAGAACACGGGAGUUCUUCUUGUCAGGUCACUUCUGGCCCUCAUCAUAACAUCUGGUAAUCAUAGGAUGUCUUCAAGUUAAAGUGGGUUUAAUACCUAAUUAUAAUGUACCCACCUAUAGUCAACUCAUUUAGGAUCUUUCAAGAAACCAAGCUUAAGUUAGCUAUUGAGAAAAUACUGUAGAUAAUAUGUACGGCUGUAACCCGAUGCCCUCAACUCAUUUGAUGUUUCUGUUAGAAUGCCUUUGAUAAGACUCUUGAAGGAACUUUGAAUUUGCACCGUGUCAAGACAUGCUCAAAUCAACACAAAACAAUAAAUGAAUUUAUUUCUA